AUGGUGUCAGAAGGAAAAGAAAUGGAACACAUUCGUCCUCCACCAGAGUUAGACUUCUCUACUACAGACGGAAAUUUACCGGAGAGAUGGAGAAAGUGGGAACAAACGAUGAAAUUGUACCUGAACAUUGCCAUGCAUGAGAGAAACGAAAAAGAUAAGUGUAGUGCUUUUCUCUAUAUCAUUGGUCAAGAAGGCAGAGAAAUAUUUAACACUAUGACAAUACCAGAUGAAGAUAUUGAUAAGAUUGAUACACUUUUUACGAAGUUCAAAGACUACUGUGCUCCUAGAGAAAAUAUUACAGUUUGGAGACAUAGGUUUCACACCAGAGUUCAAGGUAAAAUAGAAACCAUUGACCAAUAUGUCACAGACUUGAAAAUAAUUUCCAAAAACUGUAAAUUUGGUGCAUUGGAAGAUGAAAUGCUAAGAGACAGAAUUGUAUGUGGAGUUUAUUCAGAGAAAGUCAAAGAAAGAUUACUCAGAGACAAUGAACUAACAUUACAGAAAGCUUUAAGUAUGUGUCGUGCUAAUGAAGAGUCACAGAAUAGAUUAAAGGAUCUACAACAUGAGGAACAUGUGGAUGCUGUGAAAUAUAAACAGUCUGUCAAAGCGUCAGUAGGAAACAAAUUUCCGUCAACCCAGAAAUAUAUGAAGGGAAAUGUGUAUCAACCCAAGAAGCAAAGUGUGUCAAGUAAACCUAUCAACACAAAAUCCUUUACAUGUGGAAAAUGUGGAAGCCAGCAUGAGAAAGGAAAAUGUCCGGCAUUCGGGAAAAAAUGUAACAGAUGUCACAAGUUAGGACAUUUUGCAUCAAAGUGCAGGACUAAGUCUAUUCAUUCAAAUGAACUAGAAACAGAUGAAAUGACAAACAGCUGUGAGACAAGUGAGAAGUUCUUUAUUGGUGCUAUUUCAAGUGGAAACAGUCAAGAUGAAAUCUACUCAAGUUUGGAAAUAAACAACAUUCCUAUCAAGUUCAAGUUGGACACAGGCUCUCAAGUGGUUGGACACAGGCUCUCAAGGCUGAUCAAAGUGACACUAGCUACAGAAAAACUACAGAGUGAUUUUUCACCUAUUGAGGAAUUUCCAAGUGUUUUCACAGGAUUAGGGUGCUUGAAGGAACCAUACACCAUCCGUGUUGACAGUAGCGUACCACCUGUUGUUCAUAGUCCUAGACAAAUACCAGUAGCAUUCCGUGAGGAACUCAAGAAAACUCUAGAUGAUAUGGAAGCCAAGGAAGUGAUCAAGAAAGUUGACCAACCAACUGAUUGGGUUAAUUCUCUUGUGAUCGCUGAAAAAUCCAAAACAGGAAAAUUACGCAUAUGUCUGGAUCCUCGUGACUUGAAUGAAGCCAUCAAACGUGAACAUUUUCAGUUACCUACCAUUGAGGACAUCACAACCAGAUUAUCCGGAGCCACAAUUUUCAGCAAACUUGAUGCAAAUAGUGGAUACUGGCAAAUACCACUAGAUGAGGCCAGUCAACUUCUUACAACAUUUCAUACACCAUAUGGACGAUACUGUUUCAGACGCAUGCCUUUUGGCAUAAAGAGUGCACAGGAAGUUUUUCAGAAGAGGAUUGCUCAACAUUUUGACAGUAUUGAAGGUGUUGAAGUGGUCAUAGACGACAUACUUGUGUGGGGAGAAAUAAAGAGGAACACAACAGACGACUAA